AUGAAGCUCGCAACAUUAUCCGCCGUAGCUCUGUCCGCUGCAGUCGCCAGCGCACGCUUCGUUGAACAGCACGAGUCGGACCAGGUUAUCCUCACCACAGAAGUCGCGGACAACGAGCAAUAUCUGAUCGAGCUUGCGCCAGGGACGACACGAUGGGUUACCGAGGAAGAGAAAUGGGAGUUGAGAAGAAACGGCCAGCAAUUCAUGGAUAUUACCGAUACGCCCAACCUUGGAACACUCAGAACAGCCUCGAAGAAGGAGGUCAAGUUCCCCAAGAAGCCAGUUCUGCAUAAGGAGUUGGCCCCAAUGAUGCAGAACCUCUCCAAGGCGACUAUGAAGGCAAACCUUGAGCAUUUCACCUCCUUCCAUACUAGAUACUAUAAGUCCGACUAUGGUAGACAAUCAUCAGAGUGGCUGUUGGAACAGGUCCAAACCCUUAUCAAAGAUUCCGGCGCUGAUAAGCAUGGAGCACAUGCGAAGCACUUCCCACAUUCUUGGGGCCAGCACAGCAUUAUCGCAACAAUUCCCGGCCAGACCAACUCAACUGUGGUUGUCGGAGCCCAUCAGGAUAGCAUCAACCUGUUUCUCCCCUCCAUCUUAUCCGCGCCGGGCGCAGAUGAUGAUGGGAGCGGGACGGUUACCAUCCUGGAAGCUUUGCGGGUACUCCUCAGCUCCUCCAAUAUCAUAACAGGAAAAGCGGCCAACACAGUGGAAUUCCAUUGGUAUUCCGCAGAGGAGGGUGGACUCCUUGGCAGUCAAGCUAUCUUCUCAGAAUAUGAGAAGACCGGUAGAGAUGUCAAGGCAAUGCUGCAGCAGGAUAUGACCGGCUUCGUGCAGGGCACGCUAGAUGCCGGGCUGAAGGAGAGCGUUGGAGUUAUCACUGACUUUGUUGAUCCCGGCCUUACUGACUUCAUCAAGAAGAUAGUCACACAGUAUUGUGAUAUCCCAUAUAUCGAGACGAAAUGCGGCUAUGCAUGCUCUGAUCACGCGUCCGCUUCCAAGGCUGGUUAUCCUUCAGCCUUCGUCAUCGAAUCUGCUUUUGAGAACUCGGCCAAGCAGAUCCACACUUCAAAUGAUCUCAUCAAAUACCUGAGCUUUGAUCACAUGCUUGAGCAUGCAAAGUUGACUCUAGGCUUAGCUUAUGAGCUGGCCUUCGCUAAGUUAUGA